AUGGAUUACGUCCUUCACGUCUUCUUAUCCGAUACAACAGACCUGGUGAAUCGAGCGUUUGUAUAUGACAUUGCGGGCACCCCUUAUAUCGCCACGACCUUUGCCGGACGAGCUGCAGCCCAAAAACUCUACCGAGCCGGGAAUUUGUGGUGGAGAUUUGGAACUUUUACCAUUGUCACGCCGGUUGUGGCGGCCCCGAUCUUGAUUCUAUUCUGGGUGAUUCAACAGAAAGCCUGCAAGGAGGGUCUUGUACAGAAGAGAAACAGUCGCCGGACCUGGUCCAGUCGAUCAAGCAUUACUUUAUUGAACUUGACAGUGGUAUUCGGAGUCAGUAUGCAAGAUGCAGGAUAUAUCACCAACAUAUCCAGCAUCGAGUCUUGCUUCUGGUCCGUUCCACUCGGACCAAACCUGAUCGCAGACUCAUCCGCAAAAGUCGGACGACUCAAGUGGACCGCGAUGCCAGGCAUGCCAUUAAUCCUGCUAGGCUCGGGACUGAUGAUCCACUUCCACUAUCCACACAGCCCAAUUGGAUACGUGGUGAUGUGCGAAAUCUUCAAAGCCUUUGGCGGGGACACGCUGGUCAUCUGCCACGAAAUGGCGGCGAUGGCAGCGGGCAGCCACGAGACGAUAGCAGUCGCCUUUGUGCUGGUGGGCCUGUCGUCCAAGAUCGGGGGCAGCGUGGGAACCGCCAUCUCGGGAGCGAUCUGGUCGAACACGGUGCCCGAGUACCUGGAGAAGUAUCUCCCUGCGGACAAGAAGGGGAAGGCUAUUGAGCUGUAUGGGGUCCAUGGCGACGGUGCUGCAGUAUCCAAUGGGGACGGCGGAGCGAGAGACGACGAUGCAUGCGUAUGGGGUGGCGUAACGGCGAAUGCUGAUUGCCGGGGUGUCUGUGUUUGCCCAUUGCAGUUUUGGGGAUUACGAUGUGGAAGAAUAUUCGGCUGA